AUGGAUGCAAAGAAAUAUCUGUGGAAUUUGAGCAAAUAAUCUAGAAUUUAUCUCUACCAAAAUUUAGAGCCAUUAAAGUAUCAGCUUUAGCAAUUUCACAGAAGAGGGAAAUUCACACUAGUUGAAGGAGCAUCAUAUUUAAACCUUAUGAUGCUAACUAACUUCUUUUCAGAAAUAGACAUUUUCUAUCCAUAAUUUCAGCAUUUCGUUGCGAUUGAGAAAUUCUUUGAAAAGAUGAAAAAUGUAAAAUUGAGAAAGCUAUGUCUUGUUGGUUUAUCGGAAUUAGAUUAUAGCAUAAGACAUAAUAUGGAUUUAGAAAUAAUGCUAUAAUUCUUCAAUAUGUUUAAGCACGAUAAUCUUCAAAUAUAUCUGGAGUAGUUACAUUUGAGUGUUGAAAGAAAUAUAUUUAGAGAUGAAAGUAGAUUAUUAAGCAACUUAACCUCAUUAACUCUUGGACUUUCUCAAGUCAAUUUUAAAGUUGAGACAAUUAUUAUCUAUCCAAAGCAACUCAAAAAUCUUUCGCUCGAUUAUUACUAUAGUCCUUUGCAUGAGAAAUUUUUAGAAAAUCUACCAAUUAAUUUAGAGUAAUUGACAUUUGAAUGUCCAAGAGUACAUAACUACCAAGAACUUGGGACAAAAAUUAGCAACUCUAAUGUUCACACUCUUAAAAUCAAAGCUACUUAAAUCAAUAUAAACCAUCUAUUUAAAGCUCUGAAAGAUAAACCCCUAAGAAGAAUUGAUAUUUAUCAGAGCUCCUUUGAUUUUCUCGAAUACCAUAGAGAUCUUUAGCCUUUGACUCUAUAUUUGAAAGGAAAAUAGCUUGAAAGUUUCACUUUAUUAUUAUCUCUGGAAUAAUCUAAAAAAAUAAUGAAGUUAAAGAAUAGUAUUACCACUGAACUUAAAAUGCAGCCGAGUUUCAGGAAUAUUAAUGUAACUAACUUCUUCACGAAAGUUAUUAGGAAAGUAUUCCCAAAGUUAGAAAGAUUAUCAUUCAGACCAAUAAUGAAGUUUGAAGAAAAUUGGAUUUAAAUAACUAAGUUUUCAAAAUCGAACCCUUUGCAAUGCCUUAACUUGAUGGGUCUUGAUCUAUCAGAUUAUUUUAGUAAUAUCUUUGAGGUGAUCAAAUCUCAUUCAAAGACUCUAACAAAAUUAAACCUUAACUCAACAAAACUAAAUUCAAGUUAAUAGAAUGAAAUUGUUAAGUUGCUUGCUGUUCAUAGAAUUGUCAAAAAUUUAAAGAUUUCCGAGAUAACUAUAUUAAGAUUUGAUGACCUCAAGAGGAAAAUAGGUUAAUAAGAUGAGAUCGAUUUGCAAAAUGAGUAUUUUACAAACAUAGGCAAAUUAGUCAAACUAGAAAAACUAACUAAAUUCGCAUUGAAUGCUUUGAAGAAUAGAAGAUAAGGCUUGCUGAUAGAAUAAAAUGUAGUGAUCUCUUAUGAGAAAUACAUUUAUUUAGCAAAGAACUGCCCUAUUCAUUAUUUUAAAUUGAAUGUAAGAGAAUAAAUUGAGCUAUUGACCAAGGUUUACUAGAAGGAUAAGAUUUAAUGA